AUGAAUCUCCUUUUUACAGCUAUAUAUACGUUGGAAGUUAUUAUUAAGGUAUUGGCUCGAGGCUUUGCCCUACACACAUUUUCAUACCUCCGGAACCCUUGGAACUGGUUGGACUUUACGGUAGUUUUGUUGGCUUAUUUGACGUUGGCAUUUCCAAUGAUUCCUGGAUUAUCUGCAUUAAGAGCCUUCCGAGCUCUUAAGAUGAUUGCUAUUUUACCUGGACUAAAGACGAUCAUUGGUGCUAUAUUCAAGUCUGCCAGGCUAUUAAUGGAGGUCCUCCUUCUCAUGAUGUUUGUUCUUCUAAUUAUUGCAUUGUUUGGACUUCAAAUUUUCAAAGGUGUUCUGACACAUAAGUGUAUAAAAAAUAUGGAGCAAGGAAUAAAUAUUACUCAUAAAGAAUGGGAUGAUUAUAUUCAAAACAAAUCUAACUGGCUUGUGACUGAAGAUAUUGACAUAAUGGUUUGUGGAAAUGGAACAGGCACUGGGAGGUGUCCCAAAAACUUUACAUGUAUCGCUGGCAUUGGAAUCAAUCCAAAUAAUGGAUAUACAAAUUUUGAUAAUAUUGGAUGGGCAUUAAUUACGGCAUUUCAACUCAUCACACUUGACUUCUGGGAAAACACAUAUAACUUGGUGCUUCGCGCUAGUGGAGCCUACUAUAUAGUAUUCUUUAUAGUCGUUGUCAUGUUUGGUGCUCACUAUAUCGUAAACCUGGUGCUGGCCGUCGUGGCUGCUUCUUAUGAAAAGGAAGCAAAGAGGAAACAGGAAGCAAAAGAGGAGGAAGAAAGAAUUUUGGAACUAAGGCGACAAAAGGAAUUACUGCAUAUCAAAAGUGGUGGUCAAAAUCCAAAAGACCGUUUUCGUAAAUGUGGACUAAAGCUGGUUCGAGGUUUCUCAAUGGAUUCUGCCUCGUCCAAUGUAACACAACUUUCACAGUUCGGUGAGUUCACUUUGCUCAGGAAUAUCUGUCCCAAACUUGUAAUUCUCCACAAUCCCCGACAGCGCUACAUUGAAAUAGCUUUGCAGCUUUUCUAUAACUUCCUUAAAUGGGAUGUCGAUCAUCCAAUGGGAUGCAGAUCAGCAAAUCCAAAUAGAUCUGUCAGCUCCAUCAUCUCAGCCCAGACUGCAGUUGUCUGGAUUGUCUGGCAGACAGACAAUAGCAAGGGCACUGACAGAGUGCUUAGAGUUUUUAAAUUAGCAAAGAAUUGGAAAACGCUAAACACAUUAAUCAACAUCAUAUUCAAAUCAUUGAAGGAGAUGGGAAAUCUGACACUUAUCGUCAUCAUUGUCAUUUAUAUAUUCACUGUAAUAGGAAUGCAGCUUGUUGGGCAUGAUUAUGAAAAUAAAGUGUUAAACUUGUUCUUGGCUCUUCUCCUCAAUUUCUUUUCUGGAGAUACACUAACUGCAAACAAAAAAGAAGAAAAGGGAUCGCCAUAUAAAGAUUAUAUCAAGAACUUCCUACUUUUGUUAUCAUGUCGAAAAACAAAUAAACCAUUUUUGGGUAAAAUACAACCAGAAGAGAAAAACAAUGCCUCAGAAGCAGAUAGUGCUCAUCCUUCCAAUGAAAUACCUUUAGCAAACUCCAACAUGGGACAUAACAUAAACAUCCAAAAGGAGACAAACUUGUCAAGUAUUGUUGAACCAACAACAUUGCAAACAUGCUCCGAUGCUGGUGUACUCUCUACACCAGUCAGAAAUGAAGUGCCAACAGUCAGUGCACUGUGUGACCCAGCCACUGGUGGGCGGAAGUACGAAAAUGGAUCAGCAGUCUUGAUGCCAGAGACAUUGGAGGAAAUGCAGCAAGAAAUGGAAAGUGAACAGGCCCAUCCAUCUUUGAACAUGAGUAGCCUAGAAAAUGAAAAGCAGGCGAAUGAUAAGCAUAUCUGUGAAGAUAACAAAACAGCGGAUGAAAAAUAUUCAUGCUCUGUGGAGGAAGCUGAGGACGAGGAACCCAAAGCAGAGACAAAGAUAAUGCAACCUUGCUUGCCAGCCAUUUGCAAUGAAAAGUGCGAUUGUUGCAAUGUAGUUAGGACUACGUUCUUGGCAGAACUCUUUCUGAAACUGAGGACACUAAUGUUCAAAGUGGUGAAUAAUCGAGUGUUUGAUGGAAGUGUAUUAUUUGUCAUACUUUUGAGUACAAUGACCCUGACAUUAGAUGACAAAUAUUUGCAAAAAGAUGCAAAGGUCCAGCUGGCACUGAAGUAUCUGGAUUACUUUUACGCCUUCUUUUUCAAUUUUGAAAUGAUUGUUAAGGUACUGGGACUUGGCUUAUCAAACUAUUUUACAAAUGUCUGGACAUUACUGGAUUUCUUUCUUGUAGUGAUUGGGUGGCUCAGUAUGUUGGGCAGCAGCAUUCAAGCCUUCAAAUCACUGCGAUCCCUGAGAACAUUGCGUGCUUUGAGGCCUUUGCGAGCCAUUUCACGUUGGGAAGGAAUGAGGCUUGUGGUUAAUGCUCUGGUUGCUUCGAUCCCAUCAAUUUCAAACGUGAUGUUUGUUUGUCUCAUAUUCUGGCUGAUAUUUGGCAUUGUUGGAGUUCAGAUCUUUGGUGGAACUUUCUUUCAAUGCGUGGAUGAAAAUAAUGAGCGUCUUCCCAUAAGUGUCGUAAAUAAUCGAUCCGAAUGUGAAGCGAAUCAGGAUAUUGGGUAUCAAUGGGUCAACCCCAAGAUUAACUUUGAUAAUGUAUUGGCAGCCUACAUGGCUCUCCUGCAGGUGGCAACAUUUGAGGGUUGGCUAGAAAUUAUGGCAAAUGCUGCUGAUACCCGCGGGAUUGACCUUCAACCAGAAAUGGGUGCAAAUCCAUACAGCCUCUUCUACUUUGUAGCUUUUAUUGUCAUUGGAACAUUUUUUACUCUAAAUCUUUUCAUUGGUAUAAUUAUUGAUAAUUUCAACACCAUGCACAAAAGGGUGAAAGGGGCUUUGGUUACAGUUCUCACUGAAGAUCAAAGAAGAUUUUAUGGCACACUUAAACGUUUAUCUAAGACAAAACCAGUUAAGAAAAUUCCAACUCCCAAGAAUAAGGUACUUUUCAAGUUCUACAAGCUAGUGAACAAUAAAUGGUUUGAACCAUUCACCAUUGGUUUGAUAACAUUGAAUGUGCUGGUGAUGGCAUGUGAUCAUUAUGGCCAAUCAAAAAUGUUCGCCUUAGUUUUAAAUCGGUUCAACGUAAUAUUUGCAGCUCUAUUUACGGUUGAAGCAAUUUUAAAACUUUUGGGCCAACGACAAUACUAUUUCACUCAGGCAUGGAAUAUCUUUGAUUUUCUAGUCGUUGUUCUUUCCCUUGUAGGAAUUGUGCUGGAUUCAUCUGCAUCCAAAAAGCAAGGCGUCUCCCCAACUAUUUUACGAGUGUUCAGAAUUGUAAGACUUGCAAGAUUGUUGAGGCUGGUCCGAUCUUUAAAAGGAAUUCGAAAGCUGCUCUUUACUCUAGUCAUAUCUAUCCCAGCUCUUUUCAACAUUGGACUCCUGCUGGGUCUCGUAAUGUUUAUUUAUUCAAUAUUAGGUAUGAGUUUAUUUCGGGAUCUACCAAGAGAAUCACCAAUAAAUGACAUGGUAAAUUUUGAAACUUUUGGAAACAGUAUGAUGCUUCUGUUUAGAUUGACAACAGCUGCUGCAUGGAAUGAGAUUCUUCAUGUGAUGAUUAAUUCUCAUGUACAACGUCAGUUUGUAUCAAUCACGUACAUGACAUCAUACAUUGUUGUUGCAAAUAUUGUGAUAAUCAAUAUGUAUGUAGCUGUUAUAUUAGAAAAUUUUCAUGAAGCCCAAGAACAAGAGCUUGCUGGAGUUACUGAUGAAGAUGUUGACAUGUUUUAUGAGGUCUGGAGUAACUAUGACGUGAAGGCCACACAAUUCAUCACAUACGAACAGCUAUCUGAUUUCCUAAAUGAGCUGAAAUCUCCUUUACGAAUACCAAAGCCCAAUGCUGUUAAACUUGCAGCCCUGAAUCUACCACUAACUGAUGGCAAUAAGUUACAUUGCUUGGAUGUCCUCGAAGCUCUUAGUGCUGUAAUCGUUGGAAGGGUAACUCAGUCGGACCCCUUGAAAAAGUUAAGUGGUGAUGUUUUUAAAAUGUCAACGAAAGUAUUCCCAAUUCGAGGCACCAUGACAACAACCACAACUACACUAAUGAUACGAAAAGAGUUAAAGGCUGCCUUGACAAUACAAAAAGCAUUUCGAAAAUGGCAGAAGCGUCAAUACCAUAAAACAACCAAAAUAAAACUUGAUAGAUCUCACAGCUUCUUAAGAAAAUCACUACGAAGUCUACAAUCCAGCAGACCUAACUCACCUUUAACAUGA